GUCUAUGAUAACCACAAAUACAUAUAUAUGUAUAUGUAUCUCGUUGUAUAUAUAUCGUGCAUAUAGAGCACUUCUAGUAGCACCUUAAGUGGGUCAUGAAAAAACGAAAUCAAAUACCAGAUCGCUCAGAGACAUUAAAUAAAACCGAAUCCGCGCAGCGCAGUUCAGUGGAUUCGAGAAUAUCGCGCAGUGCAAUGCACACGGUUGACGGAGCUCGAGCGGAUAUGACGAGUGCGUAAAAGCUCGGUUUAUAAAAAAGGAGCAGUGUGUGCGAUAUCAAAUAUAAAGAAGUGUCCUGUGUUAAUAUAAGAUCGAACUAUAUAUAAUAUAUAAUGCCAGGAGCCGGCGCAAAAUUUGCGCUGCUUUUGGUCAUUGGCCUGUUGAUCGGCUCCAUCUUGUUGCCCUCUCAGAUCGAGGCCUAUUCUCAGGUACUGGUCAGUGGCAGUGGAGCUGCUACGGAUCAGGGACCGCGAAUAUUUAAAGCGCUGAAUACGGACUUGAUAUAUCCGAAAACCUUCAAUUCAAGCGAGAAUGUGGUGUCCACGACACCGGGAUUGCCCCUGCCCAUACCCUACAACCAUCAGCCGGAGCCAGCUAAAGAUUCGGCUGCGCCUGCGGAGUCGACAGCAGCUGUGGAGCAGCCUUCGGCUGUGUUUGUGACGCCUGUCAGUGUGAGCACAACGGAACUGCCAAUCGAAUCCAGCGAGGCACCAGCGGAGGGUUUGAUUGAGGCAGCUUCAACGGGACGUGCCGUGGACUAUCGUCCUGCAUAUCCUUUCGGACAGCUGAUAUCGCCGCUGAUGAAGGCGCGGCCCCAGCAAUUUAGUGCCAAGCCGCGUCCUUCGCAGAAUCACAUCUAUUCGAUGGGCAGUCGCCCAAAGGCGCCCAAGGCUGGCUAUAAACGUGGCCAAAUAGAUCGCUAUGCGCCUGGCCAGAAUGUUGCCGCGAACCUAUUCAAGGCUCAUAAUCAACAGCCAGGCAAGUUGGCAGCUGGCUCGAAUGUGGUGCCCUCGUACGUGUCCGGCAAGGAUACCUACUCCUUUCCACCGUUGAAUAACAAAUAUCCCUCGCCCUCGGAUGAUCCGAAGGCAGCUCAGCCAUCGGAUGCAGUUACCAGCUAUUUGCCUCCAGCAUCAGGCAACGACUUAAGCAACGCAGGCUAUGUGUAUCCUGGCCCAGUAAUUGGCUCGUCCGGCUAUUCCUAUCCAAAGCCUGCUAAUGGGGACAAAGUGCCCGCUGCUAGUACAGCGAGUGCUGCGCCUGCUGCAAUGCCAGACGAUGAUCCAGGGAAUGAUGAUGUGAUUGGUGUAUUGCCUGCCAGUGCCCAGGACAUGAUACCACCUUCUAACAAUCAAGCUGGCAAGGAUGCGGGCGCGGACGCAGCACCCGCUGAUGCGGGUGGUUCCGAUAGCGAUGGGGAUACAGGCGGUGGCGGCGAUGAUAUGGCUCUGCCACCUUUGCAAACAGAUGGUACUCGUCCCAGUGACGACAAUAAGUAUGAUCCCAAUAUGGAAUAUGCUACACCACCGCCUGGCUGGUUAGAGUCGCAUCCGGAAUCUGCGGUACCAAAGCCAGCAGACCACGACCAUGAUCAUGGUCACGAUCACGAUCACGAUCAUAUCCCUGAGCACAUUCCCGAGCACUAUUCGGAGCACGAGCACGGUCACGAUUAUGUGGAGCAUGCUCCACCUCCUCAUUUCCAUGAUCAUCAUCACGAUCACUACCCAGAAGUUUAUCCCUCGUAUGCAGAUGUUUCGUAUCCAGAGGUCAUUUACGAUCACCAUCCGCAUCAUCAUCAUCAUGUGGAGCCACCACCACCACCGCCACCACCGCCGCCACCACCACCACCACCGACUGAACCACCACCACCUCCACCACCUCCACCACCGCCGCCAGAGCCCCGUGUCAAGAAAUACAGUUAUUUCUAUAUUGGUCGCAAACUUUGGUACAUUCCACUGUACUUCACAGUAUGGUUUAGUUUCUACAUUCUUUGGCUGAUCAUCAAGUCUAUUGGCCGCCACAAGGUCAAUUUGCCAAAUCAUUACGUCACGCGGCGUAGUUUGCCCGAUUACUCACAGCAAAGUCGAGAUGAGCUCAUUAACGAGAUGACAGUUAAAGUGCUGGAUCAGAUAGAUAAUUUUAGGCAAAAAUAUUUGAACUGA